AUGCCCACACUCACCAUUCGACCCGCCCGGCCUCCUCCCACGCCCUCACCGUGGGUUUGGAAGUGCCACAGCUGCCAUAGCACGUACCGCCUGGGGACCACCCGCCGGUGCCUUGAGUGCGGACACGUGAUGUGCUUCUCCGCCGGCGAGAUCAUCUCGAGGUCGCGCGAGAGCCCUACAAAGGCAGGACGCCGCGCCAACAAGCGUCGGCGGGCCGGUGGGCCGUGCCGCUCCGAGUUUGAUUACCCCGGCUGGGCCGCCUGGGGCGAGUGGAAACGCGGGCGCCUGACUGCCGAUGUCAAGGAUGCCGCCUUUGUCGACCGAUCCUACAGCUGUGCAGACUAUUGCGACUACCCGUCAGAGUGCCACCAUACCCGACACAGGAUUGCGCGAGAGCGGUUCGAGGCCGAGGCCGAGGCGGCGCUCUACAGGUCAGAGAAGAAAAAGAGCGAACUCGGAGGCAUCACCGUGACAAACACCAUAACUCAGUCCUUCAGCUCCACCACGGAAAAGACGAAGUCGGGCUUCUCGUCGUCGGUAUCAUGUGAGGAUGACCCGCCCGCCAGCUUGUUUGAAGUUGGCGAGUACGACUCGGAUAGCGACAACGGCUCAGACAGUGAUGACAGCUCAGGCAGUGACGAGGCCGAUGAGAUACUCUCUAACUUCAUCAUUGAGCCAUGUCACGAAAAGACAGUCUUUGAUGACGAUAAGUGCGAGGACGAUGCUAACUCGGGCUUGAUCAUCCUUGGUGCCAUCCCCGAGCAACUAACAAAGGAUGAAACCAAAGCCCCAGGAAAGGAAGGGCUAGUCAUCGAGCUUCGUGGCCAUCAUAAAACGGCCCAACUUGGGGACAACGACGACGACGACGACGACGAGGUCGAAGACGGGAAUUUUCUGAAACUAGAACAGCAGCGCCGCAGCUUCUCAAAGAUUGCACAGCUGACGGGCCUCGAAUCGUUUAUGCCGCCCAACAACGCCUCCUCGAUCUCACCCUCAACAACCAUGCAUUCAUGCUCGUCCGACGCAGUCAGUACUCGCGCUCUCUCCUACCCCCUCCCCUCUCUGCGACCUGAAGGUUCUGACCAUAUCUCAGAUCGGUCCUUGUCGAUCCCGCCGUCCGUCGGUCUUGAGUCUCCUUUGGGGAUAACGGAGGACUCUGUGACUGCGUGGUGGGUAGAGUUCGGCCGAUGA